AUGUUUCGCCAGUUCACCAGGCAAAAGCAGCCUGAUGGCGGUCUGGAUCUCGCGAGAGCUGAUUGUUGAUUUCUUGUUGUAGUGGGCAAGGCGGGAAGCUUCGGUGGCGAUGCGCUCGAAGAUGUCGUUGACGAACGAGUUCAUGAUGCCCAUGGCUUUGCUGGAGAUACCAGUGUCAGGGUGAACUUGCUUCAACACCUUGUAGAUGUAGAUGGCAUAACUUUCCUUUCUCUUUCCCCUCCUCUUCUUCUUUGCAUCACCUCCGGCGGCCUUUGCCUUUCCAGCCUUCUUCUCGCCUUUCUUUCCUGCAACUUUGAGUGGCAUGUUUGUGGAUCACAAUGGAUUUGAAAUGCCUCGCAGCUCGAUGUAUCUUGUAUUUAUGUCAAAGGAGCGGAAAGAUCAAUUAACAUGCGGAUCGAAAUACUCGUUCGGUGAUUGGCCGGUUUCACAUUUCUUUCAAUACUGUGACCUCCUCGGUCAACUUUCUUUGCAUGUGAUUCAUAUGAACAAGCAUGUUAAAUGAACAAGUUUUGAUUGGUGCAUUUCGAUCCUGUAUGUAAAACAGUUCAUUAUAAAAAAUGCAGAUCGCCUGACAUUGCUCAUUUCUGAGUCCUCGUAGAGUACACGAACUAUCAAUUCGAACUAUCCAAAAUGUCUGGUCGCGGUAAAGGCAAAGCCAAGGGCACCAAGUCCAAGAGCCGAUCAUCCCGAGCAGGGCUUCAGUUCCCUGUCGGUCGUAUUCACCGUCUUCUUCGCAAAGGCAACUAUGCCGAGCGUGUUGGUGCAGGUGCUCCAGUUUACUUGGCGGCUGUGCUCGAGUAUUUGAGCGCUGAGAUCCUCGAGUUGGCGGGCAACGCUGCUCGUGACAACAAGAAGACAAGAAUCAUCCCUCGUCACCUUCAGCUGGCCGUCCGUAAUGACGAAGAGUUGAACAAGCUUCUCGCCGGUGUCACCAUCGCCCAAGGAGGUGUUCUUCCCAACAUCCAGGCUGUUCUUCUGCCCAAGAAGACUGAGAAGAAGCCGAAAGCUUAAACUGAAGCUUUCACUUAAAAACAAACGGCUCUUUUAGGAGCCACCAAAUGUUAUGAAAGUCUAAACCAACAGAGAAUGCAGUCAUAAAACCAAUGAGAAAACGAAAAAAAAAAAAGACAAACAGAUAAAACGCCUAAUUCAUUUAUUGCACGAGCAAAAUGCCCUCAAUGAUAAGAAAAGGUUUCUCUGAAGUUAGUUGAAGACAUUUAGUUAUGCCAGGAGCCCCGGUUUACGGUCGUUUCGAUACACGUUUAGUCAGUUUAGGUGUAAAUAGUUCCACGUACUUGGCUUAAAGAACGAAGAGUAUUCACCCAAAGUGUUUUUCAUGUAGACCCGCAAACUAUAUACUUGAAGUGAUCGAAAUUUUUGUGCAAUAUCACUGCCCGAGUUCGUAUCUUAACGACUUGUAUCGAAACGACCGAACUCCAGAGCCCCUUAUGCCGAAUUUAAGCGGGUCUCCUUUCCGUACACCGAAAAAAAUUUGAUCUGUCUCUUUCAAAGUUUUCAUUCAAAUGUAAAUUUAGAACAGCCACUUGAAUGAAUUACCGAAGUGUACGCGCGGGCGGGAACGGGACUCACGAUCCGUUACAAAAAUUGCGCCCGCUGCUUUCUGUCGCAAAAAACUAGCCUGUGUAAUACAAGACAUCAAUUUUUAAAAUGAAAGACUAGGUUGCUGUAGGGGUAGCCUGCUUCUUACUUAACGCCUCGAAUAGGCUAAAAUAGGGGGGAAAGAGUCACAAUAAACCCUAGGAUCUUAAAAGACAUCAGGUGAAAGUCGAGCGAGCAUGAUGCGCAGCGCGCUAUGAAGCGUCACGCACGAGGAGAUCAGAAGUCCGAUCUCGAGAGCUACAUAUUUUAUAAUUUAAACGAUGGAAAACCUUUGGGCUCGUCCCCUAUUCUGAGACAAGACCUCUGAAGCCAGGAUAAGAAAUUAAGAAAUAAAUGAAACUGCCAUUGUUUCGAACAGCGUGAAUCAUUGCCUGUUCACGGACACUCUAUUUUCUCUAAAAGUCCGUCGUGCGCGCGUGUUAAAAUAUAACAACCGCGGGGGAUUUAUUGACUGCCAGCGCCCGCCGAUGUUUCGAAAAGAACGGAAAGAAAAAUGAAACAACGUCUUUGUACAGGCUACGUGAAUCACUGUUUGUUUGAGAUACAUGAAACUAAUUGAACUAGCAGGACUUGCGCGCUUGAUGUUUCAACUCAAAAAGAUUGAGAAUCGGUUUAUUGGUCAUGACUUUAAGAAAUUUAGUGGCUCCUAAAAGAGCCGUUUUUGUUGUAAUGACGGUGUACGUGUAGUUUAACCACCGAAUCCGUACAGGGUACGUCCUUGGCGCUUGAGAGCGUACACCACAUCCAUGGCGGUCACGGUCUUGCGUCACAGCAUCACGGAUCACAUUCUCGAGGAAAACUUUGA